CAAACACAUCUCCUCCAAACAAUGUCCAAGUCUUGUUCAAACCUCGCUUCAUGCGCCGUCGCCACACUCUUCAUAGUCUUCCUAAUCAUCGCCGCCCUUACCGUUUAUCUCACCGUCUUCAGACCAAGAGAUCCCGAGAUCUCCGUCACUAACGUCAAGGUCCCGUCAUUUUCCGUCGCCAAUAGCUCCGUUAGUUUCACUUUCUCUCAAUUCUCCGCCGUUAGAAACCCUAACCGCGCCGCUUUCUCACACUACAACAACAUAAUCCAGCUCUUUUACUAUGGAAACCGGAUCGGUUAUACCUUCGUACCCGCUGGUGAGAUCCAAUCGGGUCGAACCAAGCGUAUGUUAGCUACUUUCUCCGUUCAGUCGUUUCCUCUCGCGGUCGCCUCUAAUUCUCAAAUCUCCGCCGCCGAAUUUCAGAAUUUUGGAUCCGGUUUAGCGGAGGAUCGGUCUGGGUCAACAGUGGAAAUAGAGUCGAAGCUGGAGAUGGCGGGUCGGGUUCGGGUUCUCGGUUUGUUUACUCACCGAAUCGCGGCUAAAUGUAAUUGUAGGAUCGCGAUUUCCACGAGUGAUGGUUCCAUCGUAGCCGUCCGUUGUUAAUAUGAAAGACAAUUGUAUAAAAGUGACAUGUUCUU